AUGGCGAUCCCCAACCGGACCGAGGACUGGCCGCGGCUCUUUGUGUUGAUGGACAUCCCAGGACUCGGCUCCGCACAUCGCUGGCUGGUGAUCCCGCUGGGCGCCAUGUACCUCGUCUCCUUUUUCGGGAACGGCACCAUCCUGGCCGUGGUCCGGGCCGAGCGGGGCCUCCGCGCACCCAUGUACCUGCUCUUGUGCAUGCUGGCCCUGGCCGACCUGGGUCUCUCGGCUUCCACUCUGCCAUCCAUGCUGAGCGUCUUCCUGCUCCGCUCCAGAGCGGUGCUGGCCGGGGCCUGCUUCGCCCAACUCUUCUCCAUCCACACUUUCUCCGUCAUCGAAUCGGCUGUCCUCCUGGCCAUGGCCUUUGACCGCUUCGUGGCCAUCUGGAACCCUCUGAGGUACGCCUCUGUCCUGACCGGCGCUACGGUGGCCAAGAUGGGGGCGGCCAUUGUUUUCCGAAGCGUCGGCCUCCACCUCCCCCUGCCUUUCAUGCUGAGGGAGCUCAGAUACGGCAAGGCCAGGGCCCUUUCUCAUUCCUACUGCGUCCAUCCAGACGUCCUCAGGCUGGCCUGCGUGGACACGCGUGUUAACAGUGCUUACGGCCUUUUCGUGCUGCUUUCCACGCUCGGGCUGGACUCCGUCCUCAUCCUCCUUUCGUACGCCAUGAUCCUAAAGACCGUGCUGCGCAUCGCCACCUGGAAGGCGCGCCUGAAGGCCCUCAACACCUGCGUCUCCCACAUCUGCGCCGUCCUCCUCUUCUAUAGCCCCCUGCUGAGCCUCUCUAUGAUCCACCGGUUUGGGAAGGAAAUGCCCCCCCAGGUCUACCUGCUUCUGUCCUACCUCCACUUCCUCCUGCCCCCGGUGCUCAACCCGGUGAUAUACAGCGUGAAGACCAAGGAGAUCCGGCGACGGGUCUUUGGGAUGUUCCAGCGCAAAGGUCUGGGGUUCAGGCUCUGA